AUGCGUCAAGUUCAAUGGGAGGCUGAACGAGAUAUCACCACUUGCGUAACUGCUACGGAUAGCAAGGGAGAUCCUAGCCGCUCUUCAACUCCCAGGCUGCAGCGUCUGCCAGUUCCUGAGCUACGUGCCACCGUUGAACGAUGGCUGAAAUCAGUAGAGCCUUUCUUACUGGAGGCUGCUGAUCAUGGCGGCGAGGAUUUUGAAAUGGCUUUGCGCAAGAGAAGCGAGGCUUUGUCUGACUCGCAAGAGUCUCUCAGCGUCUUACAAGAUCGCCUGCUCGAUCUCGAAAGAAAAUCGCCCUAUAACUGGCUGGACGAUAAUAUCUGGACGAACACUGCAUACCUAGAAAGGAGGGAGCCUAUUAUGAUCCAUUCUAACUGGUGGCUCGCCUUCUACGACGACAUUAACGUGCCAUCGCAUGCUACCAACGAGCGUUCAUUCCCGCAUGAUAUUGGGAUUACUCCUUGGCAGGUCAGAAGAGCGGCUUGGCUUGUGCAUCGAUUAGUCGACUUCAAGCGCAGGCUGGAAAAGCAGGAAAUAUACGCAGAAACCACGCGAGCAGGCAUCUGGUAUCAACAUGCCUUCUCCAAGGUUUUCAAUAUGUGUCGUAUACCACGACUGCGCUGUGAUGGGCUCAGCGCCGCUCCGUCGUCUGCUCGAUGUCAGAUAUUUGUGAUGAUCCAUGACUGGUUCUACGCUGUUGAAGUCGCGAACCAGGAGGGCGACCCAGUCCCGGUCCAUGACAUUGAAGCCAGGUUAAGAAGUAUCGUGAAGGAUGUUCAGGAACGCCUUCGCAAAGCAGAGAAGGCCGUCCCUGUUGGGGUGCUGAGUGCAGUCGACCGAGACACAUGGGCCCGAAACCAACAACACCUGCUAUCCCUUUCUCCGAGGAACCAGGAAAUCUUCACCGUCAUCAAAGACUCACUAUUCGCUCUGAGCCUCGACGCAUAUACCUACGAGCUAGCGGACUCAUCCGAAGGCCAAGGCCGUUAUCAUCGGCCUGAACGCCACAGUGGUGACGCAGUGGAAAGAGAUGCCCAUUUGCAUAAUGUCCGUUCCGGCAUCAAUGCGCGCAAUCGUUUCUUCGACAAAAGCCUUACUCUCAUCGUCGAAAAUAAUGCACGGGCUGGUGCUAUGGGUGAACAUGCACCCGUAGACGCUCUUGUUCCAAGCAUCGCCUGUGAAUAUGCCAUAGUUGAGGGGAUAGAUUCGAAAUUCUUCCCGAACCCAGACCCUGCCACCGAUUUCUCCUACAGUGACGACGGAGUAGCAGGCUGGAAUAGAUUAGAUUGGGUCGUCGACGGCGCGGUUGAACAGGCUUGCGUCGUAGCUGAAGACGCCGCCAAGGUCAUCAUCGCUGACUCGGAUGACAGCGUGCUCUGGUUCACAGACUACGGCGGUGAUUGGAUAAAGGAGAGACUAAAGCUAUCUCCCGACGCAUACAUUCAGAUGGCCUUACAACUGGCAUGGUACCGAACUCGGCAUUGUUUCACAGCUGUCUACGAGACCGCUCUGACAAGGCUUUUUUUGCAUGGUCGUACGGAGACAAUAAGGAGCCUCACAACUGAAAGUCGUGCAUUCGUCUUAGCGAUGCUCGAUCCGUCCGCAUUGGACACGGACCGUUACCGCGCUCUUUGCCGUGCUGUGCAGAGACAUGUUGUCCUUACCCGCGAAGCAGCAACAGGGAAGGGCAUCGAUAGACAUCUGCUAGGCCUAGAAUUUGUACGGCAGCCUUCCGAACCCACCCCAGCGCUGUUUGAAGACCCUCUUUACGAGCUGAGCAGGGAAUGGAAGCUUAGUACGAGCGGUCUUAGUGCCGGCCAUCUGUUCAAAGGGACCGGCUUCGGGUCCCCGUAUCGUGAUGGCUAUGGUAUCAACUAUCUCGCCGGCCCUGAAAUUAUCAAGUUUGGUAUAGAGUCCAAGCAUUCCUGUCUUCAGACGUCCACGUCUACGUUCAAAUCAGCGUUAGUGGAUGCUCUGGCGGACAUGAAAAACAUAUCCGUGAGGGGCAUCAACUCAACAGCUGCGCGUCUAUAGGACCCGUCCAUUGCUAUUCCCACGAUACAUAUAACAUCCAAGAUAAUGGACUUCGUCGAGAAUCCUAGUACAGUCCAAGUGGCGGAACUUGGGCAGAAUGGCCCAAAUCUGUUCUUCUGGAUA